AUGGGUCACGGAUUUGGUGAGCUCGCGAAAGUACGCGGAAUUGUCACGCACAAGAUCUCCCCCUUUGAGCAACGCGCCUUUGCGAAUGUGAUCAGCAAAGGUGUACCGAAUACGCUCCGACGAAUUCGCUCGCAAAUUUUCAUCGUAGCUCCGCCAUUCGUCAUGGGAUACAUGAUUUACAACUACGUUGAAAAUUUGCACACCCAGUUGAAUCGUAAGAAUCCUGCCGAAUUUGAGAACGAUUCCUAA